AUGAAUCUCAUCGUAUUGUUUAUAUAUUUAAUUUUACAAUCUUCAUAUGGUCAUGAUGAUACCAAAGAUGUCCAAGAAGGAGGCGGCUGGAAAGACAAUAACCCGUCCAGACCACACUUCACCACCACCUUCAGACCUGACCAUCCCUUUUAUCCAGAAUUCAGAGUAGUUUUAGGCAAUAGAAUUGAACUGCCGUGCAGCGUUGAAAAUGAGAAUGGUUUAAAAUUAAAUGUAAUUUGGUCAAGAACGGACGAUCAUCCAUUGCCUGUCAACUCUAGCCAACGAAGUGGAAUUUUGUACAUCGAAAAUGUCGAGAAAGAAGCUCAAGGAGAAUACAAAUGCACAGCUUUAGAUUCCAGUGCCAGACCACUCUUCGACAUCAAAGUUUGGCUCACGGUUUUGAUCCCUCCAAGGAUCACCUUGACUUCAAGUGUUCUUAAAGUCUAUCCAGGUGAGCAUGCUUAUAUCAACUGCAGCGCCACUGGCGACCAACCCAUCGAAAUCUACUGGUUGCGUUGGGGGGUUCCCAUACCCAGUUCAGUUUACACCAGAGAUGGAUAUAUUAGUUUCAACAGUACCCAAUUGCAAGAUGCCGGUAGAUAUUUGUGCGUGGCUAAGAACCGAGCUGGCAAAGCAGAUGCUGAAGUUAAUAUCACUGUAGAAGUCCCUCCAAAGAUCACCUUGACUUCGCGUAAACUAGUAGCCCAUCCAGGAGAGUAUCAUUUUAUCAACUGCAGUGCCACUGGCGACCAACCCAUCAAAAUCUCCUGGUCGUCUUUAGGACGUGACAUGCCCAGUUCAGUUUACAUCAAAGACGGAUACAUUAGCUUCAACAGUACCCAAUUGCAAGAUGCCGGUAGAUAUUUGUGCGUUGCCACCAAUCGAGCUGGUAAGGCAGGUGCUGUAGCUGAUGUCAUCGUGGAAGUCCCUCCAACGAUCAGCUUGUCUUCGACUACAGACGGAGUAGUCCUCCGGCAAGGUGACUCUGGUUUUGUCGACUGCUACGCCAGUGGCGACCAACCCAUCAACAUCUCCUGGUCGGUUUCUGGACGUGACAUGCCCAGUUCAGUUUACAUCAGAGAUAGAGUCAUUGGCUUCAACAAUAUCCAACCACAAGAUGCCGGUCAAUAUUUGUGCGUGGCUAAGAAUCGAGCUGGCGAAGCAAAUGCUACAGUUGAUGUCACCGUAAAAGUUCCUCCAACUAUUACCAUCAGUUCCCCUAACCUAGUAGCCCGUACAGGGUACAAUUAUAUUAUCAACUGCAUCGCCACUGGCGACGAACCCAUCAAUAUCUACUGGCUUCCUUGGGGACGUGUCAUGCCUACUUCAGUUUACAUCAUCGGUGGAAGCAUUAACUUCAACCCUGUCCAAUAUCAACAUCAGGGUAAAUAUUUGUGCGUGGCUAAGAAUUCAGCUGGUAUAGCAGAAGCUUUUGCUGAUGUCUAUGUAACAGCUUGA